GGUAGCAUUGAAUAUUCAAUUUUUAAUAUUGUUACCAACAUGAAUGCAGGAACACAAUGUUUAUUUGUUUUGAUAAUCGCGGUUACCUGCGUGGCUGCACAAUUUUCAAACGAAGGGCCGCAUGGAAGAGCAGGAUACGUAAAUAUAGGACGUGGUGGAUCAGCAUAUGAUGAUAGUGCAUAUGGUCAUAGUCCAUAUGGUGGAGGAAGUUAUGAAAAAACAUCAUAUGAUGACGAACAUGAAUAUGAUGAUAUACUAUAUGAUGAAGUAAUAUAUGUGUACGAGAUGGUAUAUGACGAAAGUCCAUAUGAUGAGUAUGGGGAAGUGUAUGAAGAUCUUGAAUAUGGCGGUAAUCCAUAUGAGGAGUAUGACGAACAAUAUGACAACGAUGAAUAUGGUGGUAGUCCAUAUGAAGAUAGUCCGUAUGGUGGUAGUCCAUAUGACAAUAAUCCUCAUGCUGGUAGUCCAUAUGGUGGUAGUCCAUAUGACAAUAAUCCUCAUGCUGGCAGUCCAUAUGGUGGUAGUCCAUAUGACAAUAAUCCCCAAGGUGGUGGUCCAUAUGGUGGCAGUCCAUAUGACAAUAAUCCACAUGGUGGUAGUCCAUAUGGUGGUAGUCCAUAUGACGAUAAUCCACAUGGUGGUAAUCCAUACGGUGGUAGUCCAUAUGACGAUAAUCCACAUGGUGGUAGUCCAUAUGACAAUAAUCCACAUGGUGGUAGUCCAUAUGACAACAAUCCACAAGGUGGUAGUCCAUAUGGUGGUAGUCCAUAUGACAAUAAUCCUCAUGGUGGUAAUCCAUAUGGUGGUCGUCCAUAUGGUCCAAGCAGCAAAUAAAGACCCUGACUAUUAAUACACAAAUAUCCAAUAUAACACCAAUUGGAAUAGACCCAUGUAGUUCCAAAUUAUAAAUAAUAGUUUACAAGUAAUGAGUUUACCUAAGAAUCAUCGAGGUAUUAACAAAUACAAUAAAUAUUAACUAUAUAUUUUA